AUGACUGACCGAGAAAUGCUUGUGGACCCGAGGUUUGACGCGUUUUUCAAAUUGGAACAAAUCGACGACUACAAGUAUGAUGGAGGUAAGUAUUACUGUAGGAUUACUGUUAUUUUAUAUUUCUACCCGUUUCCAGUAGACACCUCGCCCUCCACCUCCAACGGAAUUCCCGAUUCGUCGCAGAACGGCGGACGACUCAUUUGUGACGUGUGCGGUGACGUGGCGUUUGGGAAGCACUAUGGAAUUAACGCAUGUAACGGGUGCAAAGGGUUCUUCAGAAGAAGGUAAAAACUCACAUUAACAACUUUUCAAACUUUCCGCUCUUUUUCAGUGUCUGGUCCCGUCGGCAGUACUCGUGUCGCUUCGGCGGAGACUGUCCAGUUGUCAAAGAGCAUCGAAACGUGUGCAGAUCGUGUCGCCUGAAAAAAUGUUUUGAAGUUGGAAUGAAUCCGGAUUGUAAGUUUUUUUUAUCGUUACCAAGUGGUGUCUCGGUGGCAAAACGGCCUCGAUUUCAGCCGUGCAAAACGAGCGGGACCGAAACGCGAAGAACGGAGGGCUUCCGGUGAUGGCGACUUCUCCGGUUCAGAAGGAACUCACCUACUCAAACGGACAACUGAAAAGGAAGCGGACACGGCCGGAGUGUUGUGACAAAAUGACUCAAACCGACGGGAAGCUCGAAAUCAACGACGAUUACGAGUACGAGCAGAUGACCCAGCACAUGACUCCGCCUAGUUUGGCUCCGCUCAAGCUCGAAAGGAUCUCGACGCCUCCUUCCGAUCUUCCGGUUCCAAUGGACUUUGCCAUUCCGUCGGCGGUUCUCGAGAUUGAGCAAAAGGUGUUCUACCACUGCCCGGUGGCCGUCGACAGCUCGAUCAACGCCACGAAAACGCCGAUCACUCUUCCGUUCGAGGUCGUCUUCCGUCAACCGCACCUCGUCUGCAACCGCUAUCCUAUGCGCUUCUCCAACCAGCGAGUACUCACUCCAGAAGACCUCAUCGACGGUUGGAGACGUCACUUCACCUACUUCUCCGAUUGGUGUCACGCCAUGGAAGAGUUUCGGGCUCUUUCGCCCGAGGAUCAGAUCGUGUUGGCUAAAAAGAAGAUUGUUCUGCACGGAUGGCUGGUUCACGCCUACUACUCGUACAAAGCCGGCUGUAACGGCAUUUGCUUCGCGAACGGAGCCGCCCAUCUGCCCGAGGGAGGGCAUCCGAGCAUUACCGAAUUCUACAAAGAGUGCAUGCCUCGUUACCUCAACUACGUCAUCUAUCCGAUGCACAAUUUCCUAAUGGACGACGCCGAAAUGGUGCUCGUCAAGUGUGUCAUGUUCUUCUCGAAUGGUAGGCUGCGCUGCGUCGGUCAAAUUUCCGUUUACUGACGUCACUUCUUCCAGAAUCCGGACUCUCGGCCGGCGGAAAGGCAAUCGUGUCGGCGGCUCGUGAAAAGUACCUCUCCGCUCUGUACACCUACGGUCGCUCCAACAAAUGCUCCACGUCUGCGCAGGCCACGUUGCGCAUCGCCAAAUUUAUGAUAAUGCUCUCGGCGAUUACGGUAAAUUUCGAAAUGCUUCAAACGAAACGAAUAAAAACUUGCAGAGUUUGACGCACUUGAUGAACGAAGGCGUCCACGUCACUUCGCUGUUCAAUAUCAUCGAAUUCGACGAGCUGAUUCAGGCGACGCACAAAACGACGCCCCCACAUCACUCUCCGCCGCACUGCUGA